GUGGCAAUGACAACAGCAGAGAUGCAAUGGCAGAUCACUUAUCGUUGUGCUCGGAUAACAUGAAGGAUUCAAGAAGUAUUAACGAGUCUCCAACGGAUAUAUGUGAUGAAAACAACCAGGAUAUUAAAGAUGAACUUGAACCUGGAUUUAUCGAGGAGAGAUUUCGUGUUGACAGAAAGAAAUUGGAGCAAAUGCUCCAAGGUAGUGACCAUGAAGAAGAAAAUGCAGAAGAUUUCUUCCAAAGGAUUAUGGAAGAAUCCAAUACUAGAAUUACAUGGCCUUCAAAGUUAAAAAUAGGUGCAAAGUCCAAGAAGGAUCCUCACAUUAAAGUGGUUGGUUAUCCUGAGGAUGUCAAAUCUGCCAAAGAACAUAUAAUGUCCAUAUUGGACACAAAAAGUAAUAGAGUUACUUUGAAAAUGGAUGUAUCCCAUACAGACCACUCCCAUGUUAUUGGCAAGGGAGGUAACAACAUAAAACGGGUAAUGCAGGAAACAGGAUGUCAUAUCCACUUCCCAGACUCCAAUCGGGGCAAUCAUGUUCAAGAAAAAAGUAAUCAGGUAUCAAUUGCUGGACAACCUGCAGGAGUAGAAACUGCUAGGGCUCAAAUUAGAGAACUACUGCCAUUAGUGUUCAUGUUUGAACUUCCUGUAACUGGUCUAACACCUGAUUCAUCUUCACCAUUAGUACAACAACUUCAGCAACAGUACACAAUAUCUGUCACGUUCCGUCAGAGACCCAGAGCAUACACAACUACUGUAGUUGUUAGAGGCACAGUCUGUAAUGCUAAAUCUGUAAAGGAAGGAACAUUAAGACUUAUGGAACAACUGACAGCAACUUCUGGGGUAUCACUACCAGUAAGCAUGCAGCUAGAGAUAGCACCACAACACCACCUCUUUAUUAUAGGCAGAGGGGGUAUGAAUAUCAAACAGAUUAUGCAACAAACUGGAGCCAGUAUACAUUUCCCUGACCCCAACACAGUCACACCACCCAGAAAGGGUACAGUUUAUGUUACAGGCAGUAUUGAAAGUGUAUUCAUGGCAAGACAGCAUUUAAUUGGUUGCCUCCCUUUGGUUCUGAUGUUUGAUGUUAAAGAUGAAAUUGAGAUUGACCAAGGAAAGAUAACCCAGUUGAUGGAACAUUUAGAUGUAUUUAUUAGUGUUAAACCAAAACCAAAACAACCAAGCAAGUCUGUGAUUGUUAAAAGUAUUGAGAGAAAUGCACCAAACAUGUACUUAGCAAGACUGACCCUGCUGGGUCUGAAGAAAGAUGAGAAGAAUUUCCCUCCGUCCUGUUCUACAAAUAGUCCUUUUCCAAACCUGUCUCCAAAUAAUGGCCUGGGCCUGUCGGCAUUAGGGUUGUUUGGUCCAGGGUUGAUAUCUGUAAAUACAACGAAUUCACUGCUGAUGUUAAAUGGACACAGUCCAAAUACCUUAGGAAGUCAACAAAGUAGUCCCAAUGGACAAAGUCCACAAGUCAACUGGGUUUCUGCAGCUCCAUGUAUAUAUCCUCCUAUGAUGGUGUUAAACACCCCGGUGGUACCUACAUCCGUCCAGUCACAGUUAGAACUCCUGUCUCAGUGUAAUGCUGAAUUACAGAAAGAAUUAAGUCAAAAUGGAGGCAUUAAACAAGCCUCUGUCUCAGUAAAUCAAGUGCCAAGUAACAAUCAAAGUGAAUCAAAUAGUCCCUCCAGUAGUCCCCAUGAGAAAGGUCAGAUGGGCAGAAGUCAGUCUGCUGUAGAAUUAUCCAACUUUCAGAAGAGUCCGAAUUCAUUUAGUGGUAUGAUAACACGUGAAAAUUAUGAAACCGAUCCUAACAGUAGUGCUCAUACACAUGAUCUUUUGGGUUUAAGUAAAACAGUAGAUAAUCAGUCACAGAAAUCCUUACAGCUGGACAGUAGUCAAGGGAGACGAUCCUUAGAAAGUAGUCUCUCUCAUGAACAAUUAAGGACAAGUCUCUCUUGUGGACAUUUAGAAAAUAGCCUGAACAGAGCACGUCAUGAAAGUAACUUAACUCAGCAUAACUUGGAAAGUAGUUUGAACAGGAACAAUCUUGCAAACAGUUUGAAUCAAAGAACUCUUGAUGGCAGUCAAAAUCGCUCUGGUUUUGAAAGCAGCAUUAGUCGACAGACACUUGAAGAUAAUUUAAAUCAAACUGCCCUGGCAAACAGUUUGGGAAGACAAGCUCUGCAGGACAGUAUUAGUGCAUCAUUGUUAGCAAACACUCUAAAUAAACAUAUGUUAGAUGGAAGUUUGAAUCGAAAUAGGUUAGAUAACAGUCGUAAUAGACAGUUAUUAGAAGGUGGUUUGAACAGGGCUGUAUUAGAAAAUAGUCUUGGAAGACAACCUCUUGAAGGAAGUUUGAAUCGAAAUAUUCUAGAAAAUAGUUUGGGAAGAGCAAAUUUAGAUGGGUCUUUUCACAGAGCUGGUCUCAUGAACACAGACCAUGUUCCUGAUGCUGAAGCAUUGGGACUUCUAGAGAAUCAUAUUCAUGGUUUGGAUCACAAAGAUUCCACAUUGUUUCCUUUUCCAUUUGCUGUUGAUUAUGAAGAAAGAAAACUCUUAGCUACAAAAGCUAUGCAAAAGAAACCUGAGGGUGAAUCUCGUACACCAACUGAUUUAUGGUCAGGGAUGGGAUUUUCAAAGUCAAUGCCUGCAGAAGCUAUCAGAGAGCGACUUGCUAGACAGUUACAGAGCAUGCAGCUGUGUGACCCAAAUAUGACUACCACUUAUGAGUCUGCUAAUGAACAGCUUGGAGAGGAGAUAGAACAUGAUCCAUGGAAUGAUCAACAGACAGUCCCUCAUAAGAAACCUCUUAACCCUGCCCCAGGGGAAUACCCAAGCCCAAGGAAAAAAUAUGAUAUGUGUUUAAGUAGUAGUAACCAUGUUGAUAGUGGCGCCCUGCCACAAGUCAAACCAUGGUGGACAACUAGUAUUGAACUUGCUGAACUCUUUAGUAAACUGGGGUUAGGCAAAUACACCGAUUUGUUUCAGCAACAAGAGAUUGAUUUGUCAACAUUCCUUACUUUAACUGACCAGGAUCUGAGGGAACUUGGAGUUUCCACUUUCGGAGCAAGAAGGAAAAUGUUACUUGCAAUAACAGAUCUAAACAAAAGGAAAUCCAUGAUGAAUAAUGAGAGCGGUAACUAUGAGGGAAAUACAACCCAACAACAGACCCUGAGCACAAUGCCUCAAGCAUCUUUAUUGAGUCAAGCCCCUUCAACAUACACACGUGUAAGAGCACCACCUGGGUUUGGACCACAACCCCAACGUUUGCCAGUUACUUUGAAUAAUGCUCCAUUUUCAGCCAGUGAAAUUCAAGGACUUUCAUCACAUAGUCUCAGUAGUAGUGCUGGGAGCAAUCUUUUUGGUAGUCAUGGUCCAAUUGGUCUGGGAUCACGACACAUGUCAUCAAGUUCACUGUCAGCAAGUGCCAGUAGUAUGAACUUUCGUGAAGGUGGUGUAGAUAAUUUAAGAUCAACAAACAGUUCUAGAUCUGAUCUUGCAAGUCUGAGUGGGAGAUGGUGACAUAUUCUUCAUUUUUAAGUGUAAAUUAUGCAGAAGAAUGAACAUAUUUAAGCUGUGUAAUUUUUUGUUCAAUACAAAUCAUUAAAUUAAUAGGGGAUAAGGUUAUUUUACAGAAAUAAAUUUCAUGAAUAUAGUAUCAACUCCAAAUUUGCCCAUUAUGAAUUUCUUUUUCAAAUUUGAAUAAUUCUUGUAAAAUGAUAGAAAGAAAAAGUAUGUAGUUUUACUUAAGUACAAGCGUGGGUCAAUGAUCAGCAUUACAUAGGUACAAGUGUGGGUCAAUGAUCAGCAAUCAAGUGUGGGUCAAUGAUUAGCAAUCAAGUGUGGGUCAAUGAUCAGCAAUCAAAAUAUUGUGACAUCAAUUCUGUUUUUGGGAGGUUGUAUAAAUUUUAAUAUAUGCAGUAAAACAAUACGAUAAUUUGUUUUCCCCAAACAAGAUGGUUCAUACAUAUAUGAAAUAACACAAUUUACAUAACAGUACAGUAUUUUAUAUGCUUAAAUAUGUUUUUUGUUGUUGCAUGGAAUAACACAUUUAAUGUUAAAAACAACCAUGUAUAUUAAAAUUAACUUUUAAUCAUUUAUAUAUGGUUGUUGCAGGCAACAAUAAGUUUUAAUUUAGUCAUUUUUGCCAUAAUUAACUUUAUAUAAUGGCUUUAUUUACUCUUGAAUGUUUCUAAUCUAAAGACAAAAAAAAUGUAUUUUGUUAAAUAUACAUAUAUAUUCAUACCUGAAAAUCUAAAAACAGUAUUUCUCUACAAGGUGUUAUUGUAUUUUAGAUUAAGUUAUAAUUUCUUCAAUUAAAUUUUGUUGUAUAAAUAGCAAAAUAAAUUGGUUACCAAAACAUUAUUGCAACUAUUUAAUAGUUCUGCUACACACAUACAAAAUUUAUGCUAAAAGUACACUUAAAAGUACAUUUUUACUGUUUUGUUCAUGUUUGUGCUUGAUUCUAUUGAAAUUUAUGUAUUCUACAUCUGUAGUCGGAUGAUCCUGAAUUAUGUCAAUCUACAUUGCCCAAAAACUCAAAAAAUAUACAAAGAAUCCAUUAAUUAAAUUUAACUGAUUGUUUAAAAAUUUGCUACAUGAUGCUUAUGCUGUCUUAUUUGUGCAUUCCAGCUGUUUUAAUUUUCAUAGUUUUCAUUUUUCUAUCUCAGUGAAAAAAAGUCCCUAAAGCAUUCAAACUUUUCAAAUGUGAUAAUGGAUAGGGCUAUGAGGCCUAUGUUUGGACCCAAAAUAUGUAAAAAGUAGAAAACUGUUAUGUUUGUAAGAAAUUUUAAUGGAAUCAAAAGGAGUAAAUGACAAUGCUUUCUAAUAUUCAUUUUGAGGUACUUAUUUAAACACAGUAAGGUUUUUUGUUCUCACAAUACACCUUAAAGAUAUUUUUUCAUUAAACAAAUAUCUUUAAUUAGCAAGAAGUUAUAAAACAUUAAGGUACAAAAUGAAAUCCCAACCUUACCAUUCAUUAAGUAAAUACUUUUUAUAAGAAAUAACCUCAGUUCAAAUAAUCUAUGUAGAAUAUUUAUUUGUCAGUGAGUGGGGCAAUAUUCAGUUUUGCAUGUAAAUAUUUGAUAGUGUUUCAAUUAUAUAUGCAAACAUGAUGUGAUUGCAGGACUUUAAUCAAAGAAAUAUUUGAAAGCACUUAUUCCAAAUAUCCUUGAUUUUCAUUGUGAAAUUUCUUCCUGACAUAGCAUGUUCCUUUUUUUAUAAAAAAUAAAUAUAGGUCCAAUUUAAGUCUUGGUGUACCACUUACCUUUAUUAUCCAACAUCAGCUGCAUAUAAUGUAACUAUUGUAUAUAUAUAGAGUUUUAUAUAAAGAUGUGAUACUAUAUGCUGUGGUCUUCUUUGUAAAUAUUAUAUUACAUGUGUAAUGGCUUUUAUUUGCUUGAUUAUUUUUUAUAAUGACAAAAAUCUUGAAGCUUUAUCCCAAACAGUGGACCUUGGAAAUUUGAAUGUUAUUGUUCUCAUAAUUGAUAUUGAUUAUUUUGUUUCAUAUGAUUUGUUUAUUUACCCAUCCAGAACUAAGAGAGGGGAAAAACAAGGAAUUGAUCUGAAGGAGAUAAUGGAAGCCGAUGAGGAAAGAAGGAUUUAUCAUACAAAAUUCAGUCAUUAUGCAUUUCUGUGGAAUUACACUCUUGAAAUGUCUCAAAUAUGCAAGCAUGAGUUUUUUCACUAUCAUAUCAAAUAUUGUACUAUGUACAUACUUAUACAGACUUUUUCAUAUUCAUCAUUUCUUAAAAUUUUCAUAAAAGUCAUAUGAUAAUUAUAAGCUUUCAGUCUUUUUGGUAUAUUUGGCUGAAAGAAGGCAAAAUUUGAAAAGAAAACCUCUUGUUUUAUAUACUUGUAUGAUUUAUCAAUAGGUGUUAAACUGCAUUCAUACAGUAUGAUCUUAUACCAAUUUUCUUUUUGCUUUUACUUUGUUUUUUCCAAUAUACAACAUGUACAGAUAGAUUAAAUGUGUUUGUUGCAUGUUAUGACUAGAUUAACUUUUCCUUCUGACUGGCUAGGAUUGAAUAGAAUACCAUUAUAAAUUUGUUAAAUUAACUCUUUUUGAUCAUUCAGUGAAGUUUCUAAGCCAUGUGUACAAAAAGUAUGUAUUAGAUAUAUUUUUUAGAUAUUAGAUUUGUUUUUCUCUGGUAAUGCUGUUAUUUAAAGUAGUCAUGACAUAUUAUAAUUGAUAAUUCAGUUUUAUAUUAACAUCUCAUUGUUAGCUUUAUGUAAUAUUUAUUUGUUAAUGUUUUAUUGUUUGUUUCUAGUCUGAAUCAUUUUGUCUCUUGAUAGUCUAAUUCAUUUUGUCUCUUAAUAGUCACAUGACUUUCUUUACAGAUUUAUUAGCUGAUUUUUUUCAUGCACAUAUCAUAAAUUGCAUAACAGUUUGACUGUAGUUUUAGUGAUUAUCAGAUUGCUAAUUUAUAGGGAAUCGUUUUUCUAUAGUUUAUAGAAUUAUAAGUUAGAAAAAAAUAGCUCAAUUUAUCAAUGCCAUUAUCAUGACGUGUAAAGCCAUGUAUAUACCAUUAUAUCACAUGAUUAAAAUCAUUUUGACAAUCGAAAAAUAAUAGUUAUCUUUGACUUAGGGUAAUUAUUCAGUCUAUUUUACUUCUAUACUUAUUUUUAUUCAUUUCUGUUGAAGAAAAGGCCAUUUGACAGAUCUGUCCUAUAAAACUCCAAAAUGUUAACAAAAUAAUCACAUACAAGUAAUUCCAGGAUUCUGCUGUAUGUAAUGAAAUCCUCUCUUAAAGUAAGCAUUUAUACAUAUAUGUAUAUGUAUAUGUGAAAUAGUCCUAAGAAUGAAGAAAGACAAUUGGAUUGAUGAUGCAGAAACAAUAGAUAUGAGUAACCUCAAAGAAGUCUUAGUUAAGCAUAGACAUUACAAACACACUUCUUGAAUAACUGGACAAUAAAAGUGCAUUUGAAAAAAAGAAGGAUAAGUCACUGCUGUCUACUCUUGAAUGCAAAAAGAACUGAACAUUAAAAAUUUAAACGAUUUUAAAGACUUUUAAACAAAUUUUAAGCUACCUAUAAAUGACUGCUUUCUUUCCUUAAGCUGAUAACGUAAACAAACAACGAUUAAUCAAUUUUACAUUACUGUUAUUGUUUUACAUUAAUAAUAUCAGAAAUUAAGCGUAGGUUGUAAAUUUUGUAUAGAUUUAUCAUUUAUCACAAUGAUUGUGUAUUUAUAAGUUUAUUUUACUAUAACAUAGAUAUGUAGCUCCAAUAAAUAUUGUAGAAAAAAAAUUAUGGUAUGAAAUUGACUCAAAUUCCGUCCAGUGCUCACUGUUCUUGAGCAAAACAAUGUCUGUGAUUAUUUUUUCUGAUUGCCAUUUUUUGCCAAUAUAUGCAACAUUGAAAUUUUAUGAACUCGACAUCAUUUGGGUAUAGAGAAAUUGAAAUAUGGUUUAAAAUGUAUGAUACUAAAAGGUUCAUUAAUUUCAGUGCUGUUUUAAUUCAACCUUGCAUGCAAUUUUUUGCUACAUUUGUAAACACAUUUUGAACAAUACAUUAUUUGUGUUAAGUAAAAUAAGUUUGUUUAAAUUUUUUGGAACCAUAUUAUCACUGUCAAUUAAAAAGAACAUAAGGAUAAAUAUAUUAAUAAUGGAAGGUGGACUGUAAAUGAUAUUUUGGUAUUUGUUUCCAUUAGGACCCUCUUUCAGUUGGAUAAGAGGACUCCUCUCUUGCUUCUCAAGAAUAUCACCGUUACUAAAUAUAGUAUUAAACAGAAGAAGAAUAUCUUACUGAAAAGCUGGAAGCCAUUUUGGAAGACAAAAUGUAGCCAAAUUUUGGGUGACUUUGUGUGAUGUUUGCUUUUAUGAUUCUAUCACUUAUGAAUCAAUAUGAAAUUAUGCACCCUGGAGAAUGAUAAAGGGUCCUUUUAGCCUUGAGUUUCCCAACUAGAAUGAUUGCAUAGAAAUAAUUUUUUUUUUACAUUGCUGCAAACAUCAUCAAAUUGCAACACAUUUCUUCAAAUUUCAAGCAUUUACAAUACCAUUAAUCCUUCGAUAUCUUAUAUCACCAAAAUUACAAAAAAGGGACACAAAUGAUUUGAAAUUGAAAAGCAAAUUUUAUGAACAAAUUUUACAAAAUGUAUGCAUUUAGACACAUGCACACAAAUGUAGCAAAUAACUUGUUAAUUUCAUUAAUGAAUAUGAUAAGUGCUAAUAGUUUUUGUUUUUUUAUUGUUUUUGUUUAUAUUUUAUCAUGUCGUUUUGCAUCAAAGUGUAUAUUUAUAUCAACUAUUUAUACAUAUCUUUAUAAUUUAACAAAUCACUCACUCCAUUCAAAAAUGAAAUUAGUGGUUUCUAUUACAAUAUCUUUGUCUUUCAUUCCAUUUGCUAGAAGUAUCAUUUCAAAGAACUACACGUUGAAAAUUGUUUAUUGGUUCUAUUUUGAGGGAUAUUUGGCAGUUUGGAAAAAAAAUAUUGACAUAAGUAACUAAAAUGAUUGUCAAUUUGUGUUCCAUCUAAAAAUAAUCAUGCAAUUUUACAUUUACUUUACCUGUUGUAGGUAAUAUUGUCUUUUUUGUUUCUCUUCAAGUAUUAUAACAUUUAUCUGAAAUAAUUGAACACCUUUGUUCAUAAUUGUUUUUUUUGUUUUUGGUAUUAAGGUCACAGGACAUUACUUUGUGUGCUAUAUUUAGAUUAUAUUUUUGUUAACAGUACUCUUACUAUAAUAUUUGUGUAAGAUGCAGGAAAUUUAUAAUGUCUACUCACAAUUUUUUACCUCAGUAUUUUAAUGAUUUAAUAAUUAAACAUUUCCUUGAGAUCUAAAACAUAUUAAUCAUUCACACAUCUACCAAAGAAGGUCAAAAGAAAAUUUCAAAAAAUUAUAAAAAUAAUGAUGAAUUGGCUUCACAAGAAAGAUUUUUUAAUUGGAGUGAAAUGUACAUAAAUAUCUGAUUAAUUUUCACCAUAUGUUUUAAGAGUUUUUUUUUUAAAAUAGCACACAAUUACAAAUAUAAUUUCCUGUUGAUUUGAAGAACCAAAAAUUAGAAAAAUUGCCUUCUGCUCAUAAUGCUGCUCAACAGAACUUUUAGAUUGUUGACAUUUUCUGUAUAAACCAGUGACAUUUUAUAAUAUUGAUUGAUUUAAAUUCAUAAUCUUUAUUCCUUAUGUUAUUAUACAUAUUUUGUAUAUUUUUUUUAUAUGAAGGUCCACUGGGAUAUGUCCAUUGUGAUUCAACAUUUGGCUGUGGAGAGGUUGACAACAUUCUUCUAAUCAGUAAUUGUAACUUUUACAAACUUUGAUCAUCAUGUAGUCCCUAUUUAUUUUAGUUAACGCUUAUUUAGUAAUUCAUGAAAACUUUUUACAAUGAUAUUAAUUCCAUAAACAAUAUAUUUUGAAAAUAAAGGGAUGUUUUAAUUAUUUAUGAACAUACCGGUAGAUUUCAGAAAAUAUACAAUUCCCAAAUUUCUUGAUUAGUCAUUUUCAUACAUGUCUGAAGAGAUAAUUAAAGGCUACUCCAGAGAGGGAGUGAUAAAACUUCUAUUACUAGUUUGGGGUACACCAACAUUAUUUUAAUUUUUAAAUGUUUUCUGUAUUAAAUGCAUAUAACAUUGACCAAACUGAUGAAAUACCCACACCUACUGUGGAGUUCUGACCUUUUCAUGUAUUUAUUUAUGGAAAAGCCUUUAUCAAAUUGUAAAAAUCUGAUUACUGAAACUAAAAUUUCAAGUCUAUUUUUAUUGUUCAUCUGAAAUCUUGCUACAAAAAUAGUAAUUAAGUUCUUCAAUAUACUAUUUUUUAAUAAUAAAAAACAAUGAAAUUUAAGUCAACUAUUUUAAGCUUAAGGAAAAUUUAUCUAAGCUUUAGCCUUCAUAUACUAGAGUUUUUGUUCAAGGACAUUGCUAAAACAAGAAUUGUAAUUUUUAUGCCCCACCUACGUUAGUAGAGAUGCAUUAUGUUUUUCGGUGUGUGCGUCCAUCUGUUCGUUUGUUUGUUCGUCCGUCUGUCCCUCUUCAGGUUAAAUAUUUUGGUCAAGGUAGUUUUUAUACGCCCGUUUACGGUAUGUAUUAUGGUAUACCUCUGUCUGUCCGUCCGUCGUCAACAUGUCGGACAUUAACUCAAAAAGGCUUUAAAUAAUAUGCAUGAAACUUUGGUGAAUUGUUUAUAUCUAUUGACGUGAGCUCCCUUUCGUUUUUUAUAAAUUUCAGAUUUACCGUUUCUGAGUUUUUGGGUUUUAUUCAUUAAAAAAGGGGGGAUUUUCCAGUUUUCCGACAAUAACUCAAGAAUGCUUUUACCAACUUGCAAGAAAUUUUGGUGAAUUGUUUAUAUCUAUUGACAUGAGCUUCCUUUCGAUUUUUAUAAAUUUUAGAUUUUACGUUUAUGAGUUACAGGGUUUCAUUCAUAAAAAAGGGGGAUUUUCCAGUUUUUAGACAAUAACUAUUUUUUAUUUUUUUUCAGCAGUUCUCAUGAAACUUUGGUGAAUUGUUUAUAUCUGUUGAUGUAAGCUCCCUUUAGAAUUUUAUAAAUUUAAGAUUUUACAUUUCUGAGUUCUGGGGUUUUAUUCAUUAAAAAAGGGGGGAUUUUCCAGUUUUUGGACAAUAACUCAAAAAUGCUUUAAGCAGUUCGCAUGAAACUUUGGUGAAUUAUUUAUAGCUAUUGAUGUAAUCUCCCUAUUGAUUUUCAUAAAUUUCAAAUAUGACAUUGAGAAGAAAUUGAACUUUAUUUGUUUAUAGUCUGACAACAGAUUUACUAAGUAUUGCGCAACAGCACAGUGUAUUGCACAACAGCAAGAAAUCUUUAAUUGAAUAUAAAUUCAAUUAAUAUAACCAAUUUCAAGUUCUUAGACUACAUUUAUUCAGAAACCUAUAAUAUGUCAAAGAUUUGAUUAAAAUCCAAAUUCAGACCUGUAUCAAGCUUGAAUAUUGUCCAUUUUUGCCCCAACUGUUCAGGGUUGGACCCCUGCGGUCGUAUCCAGCUGCGCUCAGCGAAGCCGUUUAUUGAUGAAGUUGCAUUCCAAUCAACUUGAAACUUAGUACACAUGAUCUUUCUAAUUUUAAUGCUAAAUUAGAGUUUUGACCCCAAUUUGACGGUCCACUGAACAUAAAAAAUGAUAGUGCAAGUGGGGCAUCCGUGUACUAUGGACACAUUGUUUUAUUUUCACUUGCAAAAAUUUUACUGAGUAAUAGUAAAGAAUCUUCCAAAAGCAACUCAAGUGAUCUGUGGGUUAUUUAUGUUAAGAAUUCCAGGAAAAGUUUAUUUAUUUUUGCUGAAUGUGUCCAAACUUUAAAUAUGAUAAAUUGUCAGUUUUAAUAAAAUCAUGACAUUUGGUUUUUUUUCACACUGAUAUAUCAUUGUCUGUCAACCUCUACAUAGGUUUAAAUGAAAGGUAAAUGGCUGAAACAGAUUGGCUUAAGAACCGUAUCAGCACGAAGGUUGUGUACAGAGGCUUGUUUCUCUAAGGUUAACAAACAACUAGAGUCCUGUUGUGAAAUGAAUAAAUGAAAAAAGAUAUGGAUAACCCUGAAUUUUUUUUAGAGUAAUUAGUAUUGGUCAAGUGCUGUUGAGGCUUUUUAUCCAUGUACUGCGAAUGUAUUUACUUUUGUGGGUACCAGUUUUCGUGGUUUUGCUGAAGUCAGCAAACAUGCAAUGAGGAAAUGUUUAUUUUGUUGAAGAUUUAAAUGCUUUUUUAACCUUUACUCAUGAAAUCAAUGAAAAAUUUAACCCCAGGUAUAAUGAAUCUGGGGGAUAUAUUUAAGAUGAAGAGAUAUCAGUGCAUGGACCAUUACAAAGAAAUAAAUGGAAGUAAAGUUGAGCUUUAUAGCUUAAGACUAAUAAUGCUGGUGAUCUAUUACCGUUAGUCACUUAUAUACUUAAAAGGCUUGUAUGUGAUGGAUAAUAGACAUACAAUUACUGUCAAAUUUCUUUUUUGAAAGAUGUUAACCUCUGAGAAGCAAGCUUAAAGCAACCAAGGAAAGUAAAUUAGGACACCACUUUAUUCAACUGCUGUCAAUCAAAUGGGAACCAUAAGGUAGAAUUAUGCAUGGUUGUAUUAUUAUAGCUGCUGGCAUAGUUAAAACCAUAUUUAUAGUAUAUAUAUUUUUUCUGAUAAUCAUGUUAUUGAGUAUUCUUGCUUUUGAAAAAAAUAUGAAAUAAUAAAAAAAGUUUUAUUGUA